AUGAGCUACCUGGUGGAGAACAGAUUGUUGUAUCAUCUGCAGUCAGCAUUUCGCGAAGGCCAUUCCACUGAUUCAGCUCUGAUAAACUUGACAGACAAGAUAUUGUUUAAUUUGGACCAUGAUGAGGUUACCGGAAUGGUGUUUGUCGACUUUAGAAAGGCUUUUGACGUAAUUGACCAUAAGAUUCUCCUAAAAAAGUUGGAGCUUUAUAGAGUGACUGAUGUAGCGUUGACCUGGUUUAAGUCCUACCUUUGUGAUCGCUACCAAUUUGUUUCUCUCGAAGGUAAAUCGUCUGAAUGCUUACCACUGACGAAAGGGGUACCACACGGUUCAGUCUUCGGACCUGUAUUAUUUCUGCUAUUUGUGAAUGAUUUACCACUUCAUUUACAAUAUUCUUCAGUCAACAUGUUUGCUGACGACACUACUAUGUCUGCAUGUGCUCACUAUUUGGACAUUUCUUCGAUGAAUGAUGGUUUAAAUAGUGACCUUCAUGCUCUUAAUGAAUGGUCGUUGCAAAAUAAAAUGUUCAUAAAUGCACGAAAAAACAAACUCCAUGCUUGUGACUGGAAAAAGGAUACCAAAGAAAUUGGAUUCACAGAAUGA